AUGUCAUUCUCUGUUCAUCUCCUUCUGUUCAUAUCUUUCUCAAGUAUUUGCUUGAGCUAUGGAAAAUUAGCAAACUUUGGGGUUCCAAACUAUUCCUGCAGUGAUGAUGUUAUGAAGCCCAGUAAGAAAGUUCCAACGAACGUGAACUCAGUUCGACCUGCUGACAUCAAGGUCGUUAUGGCUUUGGGAGACUCUAUAACAGCUGCCAAUGGGGCUGGUGCUGAGGACCCUGUCGCUGUUAUUCUCCAAUAUAGAGGUUUAGCGUUCCAGGCCGGUGGUGAUUAUACUCUCACUGAGCAUGCUACAAUCCCAAAUAUCUUGAAGAAAUACAAUCCUAACCUCUUUGGAUAUUCGAAUGGAAUCGGUUCUCCAAAUGUUUGGGAAAUUGCUCGUUUGAAUGUAGCUGUUCCUGGUGCAGAAGCUAAAGAUCUUCCAUCCCAAGCUCGUAGUCUCGUCUCCUUAUUGAAACAACACACCCAGGAAGUAGAUCUCAAGAAUGAUUGGAAGUUACUCAACAUCUUUAUCGGUGGAAAUGAUGCAUGUGGUUACUGUAGACACCCUGAAUAUGCUCCUCAGAACUGUGCGGAUAACAUCGAAGAAGCCAUCAGAAUUGUAUUUGAGAGUGUUCCCCGUGUGAUCGUUUCUAUUACUGGAAUGCUUCAACUUCAAAUUCUCCGUCAAACAGAUCAUGGUCAUUUCUUCUGUGAGCGUUUACAUAAAGAUGAAUGUGGAUGUGAGUUGAACAAGACAGUCACCAAUGACCAAUUGGGAACUUAUGGAAUCAAUUAUACAAACGAUGAGAUUAAAAUUCAAAACUCAGGAAAAUAUGAUACGAAUGACUUCACAGUUGUUGUUCAACCAUUCUUCCGAGAUAUGACUGCCCCUCCCUCCAGUCAAAUAUUCUUUGCACCUGAUUGUUUCCAUUUCUCUCAAUAUGGGCAUGGAAUAGUUACUACUUGGUUGUGGAAGAAUAUCUUGGAGCCAGUCAAUUAUAAAACAACAAUAGGUGAUAUGAAUAACGCUGCCUUGCCAUUGGCAUGCCCAGAUCCGACAUGUCCAUUCAUUAGAACAGUUAAGAACAGUGGGAACUGUUCUCCUUAUAUGACCGCUGUAGCAGAUAGUAAAUUAUAA